CCAAGCGGAAAGGGUAAAGAACCCUAAUAAGAAAAAGAUGGACUGAAAUCAAAACCCUAGCAGGUAGAGGUAGAACUGCUUUUUAGCAUAUCAGAUAAUUCGCCCUUCGUCAACGCCCACCCCCCAAGUUCUUCUACAUCCACAACCGCUAAAGGGGAUAAGAAAGGAAAAGAAAAACCAAGAACCGCCCUCCAACUUCCAGACACGGCAACUGGAGAAAUUUUACAAUUUUUUUUUUUGCAUCUUAUUGUGACUUUAUUUGUUUUCAACGAGAGAAGGAGAGUUACACGGGGAGGUUCUUGUUCGCCGUCUAUAACACGCCAUUAACGUACGAUUGCAGAGAACUGGAUUGGAUCCCCGAAAAUUACAGCCGGAAUUUUUUCCCCCGUAACCAACCGAAGUGGAGACGAAACACGCAUCGGGACGCGAAGGAAUUGCGAAUUGGAGGUUUUGUUGAAGAAAUACAAGUACCUAAUACGGUAGGCAUUUGGGUGUCAGUGGAAAAUUCUACACUUAGUAGGUACUUCUACGGGUAUUCAAACUCUAGGGCAACGUGAGGUCGUUCGCAGAGUUGAUCUUCAGCGCAGGAGAAGAGGGCAACCAUUUGCCGUUUUUUCAGUCUGGUUGUUUUUUCUUCUGCGCAUCUUUCAGCAAGAAACAAUCAUGCACGCUCGGCACCGCAGUCCCGGCAGUGGGGUCAGGUCAAUGGGAAUGGGACUGGCUGCUAGUCGGAUCUCGCCAGAAGGUUCAAUAAGGGGUCAUGGAAUGUACAGCAUGGAAUACCGGAACAACAAUCGCAGCUUUGGGCGUGGCCCCCCAAAACCUUAUCCACCAACGCAGCUGCCCCGUAGGGGUGACAUUUUCAUGGAAGCUGGUCGCCUCGCAGCUGAAUAUUUGGUUUCUCAGGGAUUACUACCUCCUAAUGUACUUUCGGCAAAGUCUCAGAACGGUAGUUUGAAAAAUCAAAUCGAGGAUUUGCAUGAGUUUAGGUCCCUAGAUAGAGAAAGCAUGCAGCUACCUCCUGAGGGCAGAAUGUCAGCCCUUGCUCGCCUUGGGAAUGUUGUUCCUGAUACAGGUUCUGGCAGGAGAAGGUACAGUGAGGAAUUCAAUCCGACGGGAUCAAGAAAUCAUGUGAGAGGAAAGAGGAGGAUGGGGCCUUUUAGAAGUUAUGUUUCGGAUUGGAGCAGCAGUGGAAGGAGUGGGUCAUGGUCUGACAAAGCUAAGUUUUCGCAGGAUAUGGAGGGUGAGGAUGAUUUUGUUUCUGGAUGUCCUAGAGAUCAGAGAGCUGGUGUCGAUAUUGGUUCUGGGACCCCAAAGGUUGUUUCCAGUGAACUGAACUUGAAAGGUGAUCCUGCAUGCGACUCAGAAUCUGAACUAGAAACUUAUGAGUUCCCUGAUGAUACGUGUUCCAAGGGAAGUUCUUCUAGCACCUGGAAAGAACUUCCUCCUGAGACUGAUGGGGAAAUUUCCAAGGGGUCUGAUGAUUCAAGGGUUUUUAGUGUGGAAAUUGGAGAGGUAAAGGAUGGUUCAGGUAACGAUGACAUUGACAAACAAGGAAGUGAAGAAGAUUUCUCUAUGCAUCAUUCAUCCUUAGAGGGUGAUCAAGUGAGCAAGAAUGGCAGUGAUUUGCUAAAGCUAUGUAGCUUUGCCAAAGUACCUACCAGAACCCGUUCUGCCUUGGCGUAUAAGGGCUCGAAGGUUGAUCCGAUUCCAUUGACUAAAGAGGGGAACACAUCUGAUAUUGCACUCCCAAAAGAACACUUUAUUGAAGGAACUUUGGGUGCCAUGCUGACAAAUCAUGUGGACAGUUCAAAAGGCAUUGAUUCUGACAUUUCCGGAGCUCCAGCUGUCCAGUCCACGGAGGAUGCUGGAGACUUGGAUUCUGAAUGUUCCAUGGGCAGAGGUAAAUGCAGGAGGUCUCAAUCUUUCCCGGAUGGAUCUUUCACCCAGCAUGAACAGGAAUCAGGUGCGUUCGGAAGAUCCAGCUCUAUGAGCAAGUUAAGUGGUGAGAAAAGAAUAGGAGAACAUGAUGACAUUAGGGAGGGAACCAAGAAACAAAGAGAAUGGCCUUUAUCCAUGGUCACAGAGAUUGAUGAGUCCUUCCACCUUCACAAUUUGAGUGUAAAGCGGCAAUCAAGUUUGCACGGGGAGAGCCUUUCACCUGAUGAGGAGGUGGUGGAGGCUGUUGGUCAAGAGGGCUUGGUGGAUGAUGCUCUCUUUCCAAAAGAUGGAGCUAAAUCAGGUAUUGAGUUCAGGGAAGAGAAGCAGCUUUUUCCUAGUUCAUUUAAGAUUUGUGACCUUAACCUCAUGGAGGCUUCUGAUAUGAAUGAGGGCCAUGAUGGUGAUCCGAUUCUUGGCCUUGCCUCCACUUUGGAAAUGAGGAAAGAGGCAUCAGUGGAUGUUGAUUUGUCAAUAAGUAAUACUUGCAAUAGAUCUGAUGACUAUGAUAGAUGUUUGUCUGAUACUAAAGAGGCUGCAACAGUUGAUGCAACAAAUGAUUGUGUUAAAGAAGACAAUUCGUUCAAUACUGCAGAGAGAAAUGCUCAUGAUGCUUGUACCCCCUGCCCUGAAGAUGAUGCCUCUCUUUUUAGGAGUGGAACUGUGUAUUCAAGCCUUGAAAACUUUCCAAGCCACACAGAGACUACUGGUGAUCUUCCUGAUGUUCAGGAUGGUUAUGGUCUCAUGAUUUCUGAGUUGCUUGGCACUGAUAUCUCAAAUUGUUCAUCAGUACAAACAAAUAUUUCUGGUCUGCACACUGAAAUGAGUCUUCAUAAUGGAGAGGGUAUUCUUGGCGACGAUGACCCAAUAUAUCUAUCUCUGGGAGAAAUACCAAUAAGUAUGCCAGAUAUUUAGUUGAAUGGUAUUAUUGUUUUCUUUAUAUCCAUCUGUUUCAUGGUUGAUCUGCCUAGGGGAAUGUA